AUGGUGAAUCUGCUGACUCACGUGCGGGCGUCAGUAAGCACAUGGAACAACAUGGCGGCAUCCAAAACAACAGAGGAAGGGGUAAAGCGUAAAAGCAUCCCACGCGGAAAACCAAAGUCCGGAAGGGUUUGGAAGAGCGAGAAGAAAAGGUCAGUUCCUUUUAGAGUUAAAUGUCUUUUUAAGGUCAACAUUGCGACCAAACCUUUAUAGCAAAGAUCAAAAUUCACUCUCUACUUGACAACAUCGAUAGUUUGGAACAAACUACGUUUACGCUGAAUCGGAUACGAAAUGGACUUUCUUUUUAUCACAUCAGAUUUUAUGAUAAGGUUUUUUUCAAGUUGUUGAUUCGCAAGGCUACGGGAGAUAAAAUCGCCUCUGAACGUCUUAGAGAGUGAUGAUGAUGGCUAAAAAUAAGGAUUGUUAUCUGAUAUCCUCUGACGUGCUGUAAUAUUGACUGAACAAUAUUUUUAAUAACGUCGUAAUAUUCCAUAAUAGGAGUGAUUUCUGUAUAACCCCAUACUAUUCUAAAACAUAGCCGCACUCUCUAAUAAGUUAAUCUAUAGUUUCGCCAUUUUUUUUUUUAUACAAGAACUGCAUGCAUAAUAAUGGGACUGUCUGGAAAUCUUGCUUGUGAAAGUCAAAUUUGCACCUAACUGUAAAAUCUUGGCCUCAAAGUGAGUGUUGCCAUUUAUUGUAAUUUAGGCAUGAGCACUUUCAUCUUCAAGUUUUAUUUUGUAAUAAUUUUGGUAAACCACCCAUCUCUGAAGUGGCUGGAAAUAAAGUUCUCAACUGUAAAACUUCUACUUUAUAAAAACCAUUGACAUAGACUAUGUAGACAUUACAAAGAAUAUGGCUCAUUUUCCCAGUUUUAUUACAAAUAUGAUUUGUGAAGACACUUCUCUGACACUCAGGAGUCAAUGGGCUUACAAUUCAUUCAAGCACCAUUGGUCUGAGAGCAAUCUGGGGUCAAGUGGAGAAUUUUACUCUGGUUAAAGAGUAGAGAACACCUAUUCUCAAUCAUGCUGUAUUAUUAUGUCUUGGACACUGAAUUUCAAGCUGUACAUCUGCAUUGUUUAUCACUAGCCUGUAUGAGAAUUUAAGUAUCCCAGACUUUGAAGACAUCAGGCUGAUGUAUUGAUUGGUAAUUUGUGCUAAGCAAUCUUAAAAGACCAAAUUGCAAAUUGUACUGUAACAAUAUUAUGAUGAUGAUGAUAAUGAUAGUAAUACAAUGGUAAUAAGAGUAAUAAUGGUAACAAAAUGGUACUAAUAAUGUUAAUGACAAUGAUGUUAUCCACAUGCUUGUGAUCAGCAGCUAAGGUUAGAACCAUUUAACAAGAGCUCUUAUGCAUGAUGACCCCAGUUGCUGAAAAUUUAUCCCCCAGCUUCAUUUUCAUCUUGGUUUACACUUAUUUUUGCUACUUUCUUGUUGUUUUCAUAUGGGUAUUCUUUUGAUUUCAGUGUUUUGGGAAUACCUUCCCUUUAAAAUUUGCCUGUCUGUACCUUGAAAGUGAUGCAUUGAGGUGAAACUGGGUUUUGUAAUAUAAACAUGUAUUAUGCCCAUGGAAGACACCCAAAUCUAAUGAUAACAAAUGUACAAUGUAAGAAUUAAGAAUCAAUUGACAGAAAUAAAAUUGGGAAGUUGGAAUGAAAUUUGCACAGUUAUCACCAGUUUACAUAUUACAUGAUAUCAUGUCUGAAUGAUUUUCAAGAAAAUUGUACUGAAAUACUCUGAAUCAAUUACUUGUUUUUGCUUGGGCAGUUUCUCAAAAAAGACACUUCCAAUGGACACCAUAGGCCUAUUCUUUGAGUUCAGUUUGAUUUAAGUCACUGUAGUGACUGAUUAUGUUGUGCUUCUGUUCACAGGAAGUCAGCUGUUAUUGGUGUUCAGCCAUUACAUACACCAUGGGACAAGAAACAGAAAGAAAGAAUGGAAAAGAAGUUAAUGAAGAUUUAUGAAAAGGAACUCAGAGAUGAAACAAAGAGACAGAAAGAGGUUAGAAGGCUUUUAUUCUGAUUUUACAGAAGGUUUUAACUCUUUAACUCCCAGAUCAAAUUUGUAAUUCUCCUUACUGUCAACCAUACAAUUCUUAUAAUGUUAGUUCGGAGAAUUUAGUAUUGGAUCAACUAAUAUCCCCAAAUUGAAAUUUUUCUUUAUUCUCAUCACUUUUCUGGUUGAUAUUGUAUUAAUAUUGUAAGGAGAAAUUCUGUCUUGGUCACUCAUGGGAGGUAAAGGGUUAGCAGGUGGCAGAGACCAUGCUUAUAUUUAAAGUUACAGAAAAAAAGAAUAAUCAAUCUUUUGUUCUCUAUUAAUCAUGCUAAUUUGAUCUUUAGGAUAGUUGAAUGAAAAAUCAUUUUUUACCACCAACUGUUAUUUUUUUGUAUUGUUUUGAAUACUUAAUUUUUAUUAUGCACUGUUUUCUGAUUGCCUUGAUUGAUUAAGGUGGUUUUGUAUUAUUUUCAGGAAAAACGUAAAAAAAUUGAGGAAAGAAGAAAGCAAAAAGAGGAGAAUGAAAAGAAAUCUCAAGUUGUACAAGAGGUGUGA